AUGAAGGCCGAACAAUGGCAGAAGCUGCUUGUGCUUUGCGCGAGGUGGAAUGACGUCUCCACGGCUUUCGUGUGUUUCUUCUGCAUCUGCGCUGCCUUCUAUGCCAACGUCGCAUCCAGGUGGACUACAGAAGACAUCCUCAGCAGGGCGGCGAUCUUUAAGAGCUUCACGACGGCCAUCAAUGUGUCAGGAGCUGCGGCGAUCUUUGAAGGGGUGAACCUGCUGUGUGGGCGCUUUAAUGUCAGAUCCGCCAGCAUGGGGACGGAAACCAUCAUGAUGCUCCAGAUCUACUUGCAGCUCCUGCUCUCGUACUUACUCAUGCGCUCGUCGGGCGACUUCAUGGUGCACUCAGACAUGCUUUGCUACGGGGGACCGCGGCCGGUGUAUACGAUCCGGUAUUUGCAGUGGAGCCUCAAUGUUCCGCUGCUCAUGCUGGUGUCUGGUGGAGCACAUGCGAAGACAGCACCUUGCCACGCUGCUCAGAACCGUGGCAGGCCCUUUGGGAUUUUCUUUCGCUUGCCGCCCUUAUGGUGUUUGUCAGAGGAUCAUCUUGAGUGA